AGUUGAAAAGGGGGUGGGGCUGGGAGGCGGUUUCUUUAGCAAGAUGGCGGCGAGCGGCCUCCGGCGGGCUGCUGCUGCGGCCGGCACCUCGGUGAAGCCCAUUUUCAGUCGGGACAUGAACGAGGCCAAGCGGAGGGUGCGCGAGCUCUACCGCGCCUGGUACCGGGAGGUGCCGAACACCGUGCACUUGUUCCAGCUAGACAUCUCUGUGAAACAGGGACGGGACAAAGUCCGAGAAAUGUUUAUGAAGAAUGCCCACGUCAUGGACCCCAGGGUAGUUGAUCUUCUGGUCAUUAAGGGAAAGAUGGAACUGGAGGAAACGAUUAAAGUGUGGAAGCAGCGGACACAUAUUAUGCGGUUCUUCCAUGAAACAGAAGCGCCAAGGCCAAAGGAUUUCCUGUCCAAGUUCUAUGUUGGCCAUGACCCAUGAAGUCACUCAGUGGAAAGGUGCAUGCUGAUAUUUAAAUACUUUAGAGCACAAAUAAAUCAAUAUAUGAUGGUCAUAUA